AGCGACAGCCAGAGAGCAGAUGGACGGGCCGAUGCGUGUGUUGGUGACGGGUGGCAGUGGGCUGGUGGGACGAGCGAUAGAGCGAGUGGUGAAAGAGGGCGAAGGGAGAGAAGGAGAAGAAUGGGUAUUCCUCUCAUCCAAAGAUGCCAAUCUCAUGAGCCCUGAAGAGACGAGAUCAGUCUUCCAGAAACAUCGUCCGACACACGUCAUUCAUUUGGCCGCCAUGGUGGGUGGGCUUUACAAAAACAUGAGACAGAACCUGGACUUCUGGAGGAAUAAUGUAUUUGUCAAUGACAACGUGCUGCAGACAGCUCAUGAGUUCGGGGUGGUGAAGGUCGUUUCUUGCCUGUCCACGUGUAUUUUCCCAGAUAAAACCACCUACCCAAUAGAUGAGACCAUGAUCCACAACGGUCCGCCACAUGAGUCUAAUUUCGGUUAUGCCUACGCCAAACGCAUGAUUGAUGUCCACAACAGGUCAUGUUUUGAGAAGUACGGUCGGAGAUACACAGCCGUCAUCCCCACCAAUGUGUUUGGACCCCAUGACAACUUCAACAUUGAGGACGGUCACGUGCUUCCAGGAUUGAUCCACAAGACAUAUCUUGCAAAGAAGGAAGGUAAACCUCUGCAGGUCUGGGGUUCAGGUCGUCCUCUACGGCAGUUCAUCUACUCUCUGGAUCUGGCUCGUCUGUUUCUGUGGGUUUUGAGGGAUUAUGACGAGGUGGAGCCCAUCAUUCUGUCAGUCGGAGAGGAGGAUGAGUUGUCCAUAAAGGAUGCUGCGAACGCUGUGGUUGAAGCGAUGGGUUUCAAAGGUGACGUGAUUUAUGACACUAGUAAAGCAGACGGUCAAUUCAAGAAAACCGCCAGUAACGCCAAACUGUGUAAAUACCUGCCAGACUUCAAGUUCACACCGUUCAAAGCAGCUAUCAAGGAGACAUGUCAUUGGUUUGUGGCCAAUUAUGACAUCGCCCGUAAAUGAAGAUCUUCACAUCUCAUUGGCUGUGGGGAGUUUGAACUUUUCAGUGCUGGAAACCAAUGAAUGAUCAAACCAUUUCAGCAUCCCUUAAUAAUCUUUACGAAGACAAAUAAUAAUGCAUUUUCAAAUGCAUUUAUUAAAGUUCCCAUGAAAUCAAAAGGCAAAGAGCUUUUAGUAUGAAUAUGUUAGCCUUACUGUUGUCUAUAAGCUAGUGAGGUCCAAAACAAUGACAAAAUUC